CUCCGUGGCGCUAAAUGGAGCGCACCGUGCGUAAAGUCCGACACUCUUGCAGCUUUGGGGGGGUUUUGCGAUUUCAGAGUGAUUUAAAUGCAGCCAUGACGCGGGAAGAAGACCUGAUCCGGAUUGCCAAGAAGCUGGACAAGAUGGUGUCUAGAAAUAACACGGAAGGUGCUAUGGACCUGCUGAAGGAGCUCAAAGAUUUCAAUAUGACACUUAAACUCCUACAGGAGACAAGAAUCGGCAUGUCUGUGAACAGCAUCAGGAAGCACUGCACGGACGAGGAGGUCAUUGCUUUGGCAAAAGUCCUGAUUAAGGAAUGGAAAAGACUGUUAGACGCUGGCCGUCCUCACACUGACAAAGCAGCGGAAGUGAAGAACGGUUUGGCCUCCGGCAAAGCGGCCGCGUCUCCAAGCAGCUCACCCAGAAAAGAGCCUCCAGACCCCAAUGCUCCUCUGCCUCCUCUCCCUCUUCAUCUCCACCCACCUCCGCCCCUUCCAAAGCGGCCCUUGCAGCUGGACGGGAAAAAGGGGAGGAAGAACUCCUUAGAUUCUAAAUUACCCUCGCAGAAGACGUCAGACCCUGCAGUGAGGAAAGACAGGAAAGAUAGCCUGGAUAGCAAAAUGGCUAAAAAGCAGUUGGUGGAAGCCAAGAAAGAAAGGAAGAACUCCUGUGACUCCAAAUUGGUCCAACCAGUGAAACAUCCGACUGAUGUUAAACCUGACAGGCAGGAAUCGGAUUCGAAGCAGAGCAGCUCCCCUCCUGCAAAGAAGCUAACAGCUGAAAGGAGAGAGUCUCAUGGCUCAAAGGCCCCUCAGCCUGCACUGCCGCAGAGGAAGCCUUCUACUGACCACAGUGAAAGAAAAGGCAAAUGUGAACCCCCUAAAACUCCAACAACGCCCACCAGCCCCAUGUCGCCUGGCUUUACCUCAACUGGCGGCCCGUUGCCCCCCCACUUGGCUACUGGAGACUCCAUACGAGACAAGUGCAUCGACAUGCUGGCUGCUGCCCUGCGCACUGACGAUGACUUCAAAGAUUUUGGAACUAACUGUGACAGCAUGGCAGCAGAAAUUGAAGAUCAUAUCUAUCAAGAAAUAAAAGCCACAGACAUGAAAUAUAAGAACAGAGUGAGGAGUCGCAUCAGCAACUUAAAGGACCCAAAGAACCCUGGUCUCCGCAGGAACGUUCUGGCAGGAAGCAUUGACCUUAACCGCAUUGCCAGUAUGACUUCUGAGGAAAUGGCCAGCGAUGAGCUGAAACAACUGAGGAAUGUCCUCACCCAGGAGGCCAUCAGGGAGCACCAGAUGGCCAAAACCGGUGGCACCUCCACCGACCUGCUGCAGUGCGGCAAGUGCAAGAAGAGGAACUGCACCUACAAUCAGGUGCAGACACGCAGCGCUGACGAGCCCAUGACCACAUUUGUCCUCUGUAACGAGUGUGGAAACCGCUGGAAGUUCUGCUGACGUCUUCCAGGUGAAACCAUUUGUCGGCAAAAAAGUCUACAGAAAUUGCAGCUGGUGAUUUAUAAAUGGUUGAAUUGUUACAAUUUUCAGUUAAAAUAGUUGUUUUUUAUGCAUGCUAAUAAUUGGUCCAAUGAAAUUGAAGGCUGAGCAUCAAUAUGAAGAGUUGUUAAGUGUUAGCCACCAGUGCUAAAACUAUAAAAAUUUAUAAAAAAAUCUAUAACAUUUUUUUAAAAAUCCUAAAUGUUCUAUUUUCUACACCAACAAAUGAAAAAACUUCCUUGGUGGAAUAAAAAUAUUCAUAAAAAAUACAGUUAAGCACAA